UAUAAAAGAUUUGAUUCGAAAUUUCAAGUUUGGCGCGAUGACUUGGAUCAGAUUGGAUGGUUUGGCGUGAACUGGAUGAGCGGUCAUGAUCCCGGUUGUUGGGCGACGGAUGAACUUGCUGCUGCUGGCGUCGUCGUCGUCGUUGCCGGUCGAGCCGCUGCUUCCGCCGCCGCCUUCACUGCCGCCCAUGUGGAUUCAUACGUGCAGUUGUGCUCAUUGUUGUUUCCCCUGUUCUCGUCUUCCUUCCGACUCGUCUUCCACUUAUUCCAACUGCGCUCCGUCCACCGGAGCGACAUCCACCGCUGGUUGGCUUCCACACUUCAUCGACAGUCUACUCCGUUCGGCACCGUUUCCCCAUCGACACGGUAUCGGCCUGGAAUCCUCAUGCCGACUGGAUAGCGCCACAUGUUCAUUCAGAGGAUACUGAGAAACGCCGUCCUAGCGGAAUUAUUACUUUUCCUGAUGGUGGCGAAUUGCGCACCAAGCAGGCCGCGGGAGGACGCCGGCCGAGUGCCCGGAAAUCCAGCAGCAUCAUAUCUACCGUCCGUCGUUAGUAGUAGCAGUGGUAGCAGCAGUCUUAAAAGCGGACACAGGAGAAAGGCGGGGCCGAUUUCUUCCGCUAAAGGAAAUGCAACUGCUUCUGAACGAACCGACCCCGCCGCCUUCAUCGUCAAAGAUCAUCCGCCCAACGAAAUCGCCGGAUUGCAGAGGGUCUACAGAUGGAGCACGGCUUGCUCGUCGCUCCGUUCCGGCGGCGAUCUGUUGCGUCUCCUGCCCAAUGGAACUGUCGACGCUCGCGGCGGUCCCACUGACCCAGACACUGAUAUCGAACUGUCUUCGGUCGGUCCCGACGGCAAGGUCUACAUUCGCUCCAAGACCAGAAACCUUUACCUCUGCUUCACCAAGAAGGGCAAACUCGUCACCAGGGAAAAGCCCGGAGAGGACAAGACGCUGUGUCAAUUCUACGAUAUGCUGUGGCAGGGCAACAGGCGCUUCGUCAGCGUCUACCGCCGCAAUCAGCAGCAGAAGAAGGCACGCAAAAUCUCGCACCACCAAGUGCCAUGGUCGGUGCCGUUGCCCGGCUCACAGGAUAGGAGCUGGAAAGAUGGAAAUGCUGCGUUACCACCUGCCAAUGGCCAGGGCGUAGGACUGCCCGAUGGCCAGUUGCACACGGACGAUUGGCAGGUCGGUUUCGGUCGGUCGGGCGAGUCUCUCAAAGGCUCUGCCUGGCGCAAUUCCAAGCAUCGCAACUGCUUCGACCUGGUCGAGCAUGUCGACCAUGUUCGUUCGUCAGAUACCGAACAAGUGUCGCCCGUUGGAAGCAAUCAAAUGUCGCUGAUCUUUCAACGUGAAAACAGUGUACCAGAACGAUCGGCUACUGCUGUUGGCGUCGAUAAACCCAAAAAGAUAUCGAUCAGCAGUCCGGCACGUAAAAGCAAGGCCAGCCAUCAGGAGAAGAGUCCAGCCAAGGACAGGGACGCUGGCAGUAGUGCUAGUGUUAGUGGUGUCAGUAAAAACAGUCUGGGACGGACAGCCGUCAAUCACAAAAACGUUGGCGCGUCGAGUAAUAGCUGGAAAUCGGGUCUCAAAGAGGGUGGAACUGGCAGACGGAACAAGAUCCACCACCACUCGUCGGGUAGGGGCGGCAGCCCGAUAAAGGGAGCCGCUGCCGUGAGUGAGGAACACGGGCGAGCACCGCGGCCGAGAGUCGAUAAAACGAACGCGAAAGAAGUGAGCGCCAAAACGCAAGUCGGGGGGAAGUCGCAUCCGGCGGAGACGGAACUGUUUGCGCCCGUCGAGUUUUGGAAGAACAAACUGGUGCUCGACGAUGCCCCAGCUGCCAUGACCAACGUGGAUUUUGAUUCUUACCUGGCCGAAACGGAGCGCCUUUUAGCUCAUCCGGAGGAAGUGAUUGGCGAUGGUGAAGAUGUUGCAGCUACUGCCGCCUCUGUUGUUGGAUAUUCUGCUGCUCCGCCCUCUACUUCCUCGCCUGUACAGCGUACCGCUUUCAUCCAGCGCGAUUCGGGCGGAUGGGAAGAGGUGAUUAUUAAUCAGUCGGAUGCUUCACUUCCAGCCGCGUCAGCAUCGAAUCUGCAACAACACGAUGACAUGGUGGUUAUAGACGAUCGUGCUGAUGUGUGGCAGACACAAAUGAAAUGGAAUAACGAUGAGAAGCAACAGUAAGACAAACAUUACGCCCGUGACAAGAACUGGAAAACAAAGAUUCACCAUCUGGAUUCUACUGAAUUUUCACAUUCUACUCGUUCCCGCGCGAUUUCGUAUAUAAAUAAAUUAAUGUUUGUACGUGUUUUUUUGUUUUUUUUGUUUUGUACCCAUCUAUUACAACCCUCGGAAUUUUACAUAUAAUAAUCCGCCGCCAAAGUCCCUUCUCCUUUUCCAAUUUUUGUAACUUUUUGUUUGUAUCCCUCA